CCGACGGAAGCGCCAACUCCGCCUCUUUCCUCGCGCUCGGGCUUCCUUUCCCGGGCGGAGGAGCCAUGAAGGCCGAGCCACGUUGCCGCCUAGAGACUCUGGCUUUGAGGAAGCAGUUAAUCGGAUCCUCCUGCAGGCUUUUUUUCCCAGAAGACCCAGUGAAAAUUACCAGAGCAAAGGGCCAGUAUAUGUACGAUGAAAAUGGAAAUAAGUAUCUUGACUGUAUAAAUAAUGUUGCUCAUGUUGGUCACUGCCAUCCUGAGGUAAUCCGUGCAGCACAUCAACAAAACCAGUUGUUAAAUACAAACUCUCGGUAUCUACAUGACAACUUGGUAGAUUAUGCACAAAGACUUUCAAAUACAUUGCCUGAAAAGCUGUGCACUUUCUAUUUUUUGAAUUCAGGAUCAGAGGCCAACGACCUUGCCCUGAGACUGGCUCGGCAGUACACAAAGCAUGAGGAUGUUGUUGUAAUAGAUCAUGCUUAUCAUGGACAUCUGACAUCCUUGAUUGACAUAAGUCCAUAUAAAUUCAGAAAUCUAGACGGCCAAAAGGAAUGGGUCCAUGUGGUUCCUCUUCCCGAUACAUACCGAGGAUUGUUUAGAGAAGAUCACAAGGAUCCAGCCUCAGCGUAUGCCAGUGAAGUGAAAAAAAUAAUUGAUCAAGGACACCAAAAAAACAGGAAGUUUGCAGCAUUUUUCGCCGAAUCUUUACCAAGUGUUGCUGGACAAAUCAUUCCACCACCAGGUUAUUUCCAGAAGGUGGCAGAGCAUAUACACAAGGCAGGAGGUGUGUUCAUUGCGGAUGAAAUUCAAGUUGGCUUUGGGAGAGUUGGUAAACAUUUUUGGGCAUUUCAACUUCAGGAAGAUUUUAUCCCUGAUAUUGUCACUAUGGGAAAACCAAUUGGCAACGGACAUCCUGUCUCCUGUGUGGCAACAACUAGGGACAUUGCAGAGGCAUUUUCAGCAACAGGAGUAGAAUAUUUUAACACAUUUGGAGGAAAUCCUGUGUCCUGUGCAAUAGGUAUAGCAGUUUUGGAUGUCAUUGAAAAGGAGCAGCUUCAAGACCAUGCUCUUCAAGUGGGAAGCUUCCUCAUGGAACUACUCCAUCAACAAAAAGAAAAGCAUCCUCUAAUUGGCGAUGUCAGGGGUGCUGGAUUGUUCAUUGGAGUAGAUUUGGUACAAGACCAAACUGAAAGAUCACCUGCUACCAAAGAAGCUGAGUUGAUAACAACAAGGUUGAAGGAAGAAUUCAUUAUGCUGAGCACUGAUGGCCCAGGAAGGAAUGUGCUUAAAUUCAAACCCCCGCUAUGUUUUAAUACAAAAGAUGCACAGCUUGUUGUGGACAAGCUUGAUAAGAUAUUAACAGAAUUAGAGAUGGGAAAUACCUAGAACCAUUCAGUUCCUUCACUUCAAAUGAUAAAAGAUGCUGAAUUCUACUGUUUUGAUUCUAGUUUAAGACAGUAAACUUCCACUUUUGCUUAAUGUAAUUAUUGAAUGGGUGUCACUAUUUUGUUAAAAUGACAGUGGUACAGAAGGUUUGAAGCUCUUCAACAAUUAUCUGCUAGCCCAGCUUUUUAGAUAGCAAGGAAAGCUGCUAUAGUUGCCUGUAACUAUUACAUCAAUACUUUUCAAUAUUAUGUGCAUGUUCUGUUUGCUAAAUAAAAUUUAGCAAUGAAAGCAGCAGCUAUUGAAAAACACUUGAGCAGGUCAGCAUUUAAGUUGUGCCAGUACCUCAAAUAUUUUUUAAAAAAUUGGGGUUCCCCCCCCCCCAAGUUUUAAAGUUGCUAACAUCUUUUGUUGGUUUUCCAACAGAAAAUGAAGUUUUUACUAACAGCACCUAGAUUUACAUGGAAAGUAUAUCCAGCUUUUAUUUUUCAUUCAGUACACUACUGGUCUACAUUUGAACAACAACCAGAUUCGGCUGUAUCCGUUUUUCAGAAUUCUGACAGAGGCACACACACAAUCCUCACAGCCUCUUCCCCACACCCUUAGGUAUGAUUAAAAGCAGGCUACAUUAAGUUUGCAGCAGCCUUCUACAUUAGGUACAGGUUUUCAAUUCUUGCAUUGAAUAGUAUGCAUUUUAAAUACAGCAGUGUUGAGGCUCAGCACAGUAUAAUGUGCUAUAUUAAAAUGGCAUUUUUAUGUCAGAAAGAACACUGGAUUCCAACUAUUUCAUACUGAAAAGCUAGUUAAUGCUAUUACCUAUGCUGCUUCUAAUUUAAAAAAUCAGAAUCAUUACCAGCAUGAGGACUGUUCAGAAAAGACCCAGACACAUAAAUACUGAAAAAUCAACUUUUCAGGCAACACAUUAAGUUAUUUCAAGCAUUAAGUGCAGAAGUCUAUAGUUAAUACAUUUUCAGUGAACACAUACAAGAAAGCCCUCAGUCAGCAAAUUAACUUUAAUCUGAGUGGCUUCAGAUACAAAUCAUGCACUACACAGAUAUUCCAAGGCUUUUUUGUAUGAACAGUGCUGAACAUGUUUUCAGAUCAUUUCCAGUGGCACAGUUAAAUUAAACUCAGAUACAAAAAGUAGACUCUGAUGUGCAAUAAAAAUGUCUGACAUUGCCCUGAGUGUGUAAAAUACAGCCUUGAACCCUACACUAAAGGUCCAAGAAAUCUCCGUACAUUCAGGCAGCACCAAUUCCUAAACAAGCCAGACACUUGCAGCUGAUGGUAUAGAAAUCUAUGCAUUUUCCUGAAAGCCUUAGCAGCCUUAACCACCCACCACAGUUCUCCUCUUACAUUCUUUUCUUAUCUUUGUAUGAUAAGACUACCCUUUUGAACCUGUAACUAUUCUAAUUAACUUUUUCUGGUCAGUCAUUGAUUUUAGGGUUAGGGCACGCUCUAAAUCCAACCACUGAAAUGUAUGCACUAGACACCAACAUUUCCACUAAACUUCCACAACUCUGUCACUGAUCUGUAACUGGACAGCUUGAAUAAUGGCACACAGCACUGGAUUAUGCU